CGAGAUCUCGUCCACCGCUCCGGAGUCUCAGCUGAACUCAGGAGUCUCCUCCUCCUGCCGCCGCUGCUGCUGCUGAUGCUGAUGCUGCUGCUGCUGCUGCUCCACCGGACCAGUCGGGAGGAAACUCGCCGCUCUUCUCGGCAAGACAAAGAGAGCCUCACGUCUGCGCGGAUGAAGUGCCGGUGGUGACCGCGGACGCCCGCAGCCAGACAGCCAGCCGCCGGUCCGCGGAGACUCGUCGGGGAUGUGCGCGGAGAGCGAGCCGUUUCGUGAUUGGACGCGCUCUCUCUCUGAAAGCUUCGGGAUAAACAUCGAGUCAUGUUGCUCCAGCCAGAUCAUCCACGGGCGGGAAUCUAAGUGCGGUUUCAUCAGCGCGACAGGAAGGGAGGCGCUCUUCAUGAAGGAGCGAGAUCCAGGGAUCAACUAGUGACUCGACUCACUUCCACACCUGCGUCGGGACUUCACCGGAGAAGCGUCACAUCACACAGCAGUGUGGAGCUUUCAACCCAUCACCUCUAACGGAAACAAAAGGACUUAUUUCGUCAGAUCAGACUGCAGCGCACCAUGUGGAUGAAGUGGAGAAUGAUGGUGGACUCCCUGUGUGGCCGGAGACGAAGGCUGUCCUGCUCCUUCUGGUUUCUCCUGCUGUUCGCCGCUGGAGGUCUGCUUCUCUUCAUCCACCAGCAGGAGCAGUCGGAGAUGGUCCAGCAACAAGCACCAGGCGUGAAGCUUGUCAGCACUCCACGUCAGUCCAGAGAGACUCUGUCCACUCAGGACCAAGCUAAAGCCCAGCUGUACCCGGAACCGCCACCAGGAGCAGAAGGAAUCUUAUCAAGUUUGAUCCCUCCGAUGCAGUUUCCGAACUUUGAGAAGCGAAGGCAGAACUCGGCUUCGCACGGGUCUCGAGAACAGGACAUGGGUUCAGUCCGCGUCUCCAAAAGACAACGUAAACUUUUAAAAACCAGCCCGCUUGUUUAUCACGUCAACAAUGAUUCCGCCUCCUCCACUUUGUUCUCCUACCCUGCUUCCGGCUCUUACCUCCACCGCAGCUGGAAAAAGCUUGCCCAUAUCCUGGAGGGCCGGCGGCAGAUGAUGAAAACGGUCUGCACCAAGUACAAAAGCAGCAUCUCCCGGACGAUUACCCGGCACCACGUGAAGAACAUCUACGUGGAGGACAGGUACAAGCUGCUGUACUGCCAGGUACCGAAAGCUGGCUGCUCCAACUGGAAGCGGACCCUGAUGGUGCUGGCGGGUCAAGCGGCAAACGCGCAGAGCAUCAAACAUGACACGGUCCACUACGGCAACCACCUGAAGACGCUGGACAGCUUCGACCGGCAGGGGAUCAUGAAGCGCCUGGAGAGCUACACCAAAGUCAUCUUUGUUCGAGAGCCGUUGGAGCGGAUCGUGUCGGCGUACAGGGACAAGUUUGAGAACCCUAACAACUACUACCACUCUCUCUUUGGCAAACCCAUCAUCUCCAAGUACAGGGUGAACGCUUCCAGAGCGGCACUGAGCAGCGGCAGCGGCGUCACCUUCCAGGAGUUUGUGCAGUACCUGCUGGACGUUCACCGCCCCGUGGGCAUGGACAUUCACUGGGAGCAGGUGAACCAGCUCUGUAACCCUUGCCACAUAGACUACGACUUUAUCGGCAAGUUUGAGAACAUGGAGGAGGAGUCCAACUUCCUCCUGCGAUUGACGGGAGCUCCGGGGAACCUGACGCUCCCUAGUUUUAAAGACAGGAACCCAAGUGACAAGCGGACUUCCACGCAGAUAACAAAGAAGUACUUUGCUCAAGUGAGCACUCUAGAAAGACAGCGAGUCUAUGAUUUUUACUACAUGGACUACCUGAUGUUUAACUACUCCAAACCUUUCAAGGAUUUAUAUUAACCUUUCCCAAACACGUUCAUCGUCUGCCGCUUCGACAUUCCCUCCACGUCACUAAUAUCUACUCUCACCUUCGAAAUUAGUGUUUUCUUAAUAGCUUUCUACCCAAUUACAGGAGGAGAAGACGUGUGUCAUGUGGUUUUAAAUACUCUAAACUGUCCUCAAAUGCAAAGUAUUUAUUCUCUUAUAGCACACUGUGUUGUAGAAUUAAGACUUAUUGAUGUUAUUGCUUCUAAAAAUGGUUUAUUAUUGUUCGACAGGCUUUAAAUUACGCCCUAAAUAGCAAGUCAAAUAGCAUUUGCAAUUCAGAUCAAAAGUAUUGGUCCAAUAUUUAUCCAAAUCAAAGUUUGUAAAGGUGCAAGACAUUGUCAUUUUUAUUGCUUUUUUUCUCCCAAAAUAGGUCCACAUUAGACAGCCAACAUUAACAGAUGAUUUUGGUCUCAAUAGGUGAGCCACAGUUGAACACCAGUAUGUAACCCAUGCUUCACCUCUGUGUGAGGUUAAAAGCUAUUAAGUCAUGUUUCUCUUUCUAAAGCAGCGUCAGGCUCCUCCAUCGAUGAAACAUGUGUGGCAUUAAAGGCGCAAAGAAGCAAUAUAUUUUCAUCUAUAUUGAGGAGCGCUGAAAGUACAAUCAAAGAUGUGCAAUAUCAUAUGAAGCCACCUUUUAAAUUUAAAAUCAAUUUCAAAUUCAACCUAUUGUAAACCGUUUUUAUACUCAUUCUAAACAUAUUUUCCAGUUUAUUCAUUCAAUCCAUGAAGCCUUGCAUACGUUUGCUCCCUCACCUGCUUCUCUCGUGGCCUGGCCUGAAAAGGCUGAAAUGGCUGCUGGUAGGUGUAUCCUACUAUAGACAGAUGAAGCUUCAUGAAACAGUCUCUAUUUUCAGAGUUGGUGCUGUCUAAUAGCAUUUUUUCUUAUCAACAACUAUUUUAAGGAAACCUCACAUCAUUUAUAAACCAGGAGCGCCAUCUAUUGAGCUCACUGUUUCACAAAGCUUCACCAGCUCAUCGCUACCAUCAACACAUACUUGUCUCGAAGGUGCACGUGUAGGCAAAACUGCGAAUGGGUUCCUUCCUCUUCAGCGAUUCCGACUUGUUUUACUUCUGCAACAAUACUUCAUUUUUAAUUCACAUCUAUUCAUUUAUUAGAGGAUGCAAAUUUAAAGCCAGAAAUUAAAUUGAAUUCUGCAGUCUAGUGAAAAAGCACUUUAGAUCGGGGACGCAAAUAUGAACUUUUAAUAAAGUAAUUACAUGCUUAUUUAUUCUUAUUAAUCACUAGUUUCCGUGUUGUUUAUGGUGAACGUGUAAGCAGUACUUUGUGGGAAGAGUGAAGGACUAUCUUGUCUCCUCUUAACUUAACUGAUGAUUAAUACCUGGCUAACAUGCUGCUAAUAUAUAUAUGAAUAUAGAGCGUAUUUAUGGCAGUAUAUACUGUCAAAUAAAAAGUGGAAAAAUUGAGUUUGAGAACCAAUUCAUUUAAAUAGUGAUGUAUGAAAAAAAAACAUUUAUUUAGAGUUAGUAACAUCGUGAGCCUCUAGUGUCUUGGGGUUUGGCUGUUUUUAUUACUUAUUAUUAUUCCUUUAUGCAAGGGGGAAAGAAAGAUUAAUAAUUAAACAUGGGAAAAAAAACUAUCCCACUAAUGUACUGUAUAAUGCAAUUUUAAAGUUAAAGUAAAUUCAAAAGGAAUCAAAAUUUACACAUUGAUGAGAGAAGGAAAGCUGAUUUUUCAUUAUAAAUUACAGAAUGAAUUGUCGAUUGAAGCCCACACAUUUAUGUAUAAUUCAAAUGUUGGCGUCCUUUUAAUUUUUUAUAUUUUAUUUUAUUUUUCCCACUUCCGUCCACAAUGCCCUAAAGUGGCUUCCCUUCGAUGAUCAACAAGAAAACUUUAAACGUCACAAUAGUUCCUUUAGCAGUACAUUUAUGCCACGCCACUUUCCAUACUCCAAUGAAGUUUUGCAUUUUCUAUUUGACUUGCAGCAGCUUCGUAAUACCUCUAUGUAUCAGCGCAUACUAAUACAAAUAUUUGAUGUUCACGCUUUAACUAAAAGAAACCCUAUAAACGUUAGAUAGACGUGUCAAGUGCUGCCCGCGGCGUGUGCACUUGCAGUAGCAUUUUGUAUCUGGAGCUUAGUGGGUCUUCAGUUAGUCUUCUUGUCCCGUCACUGUUUACUUGGGUGGAUUUUUGGAUGGUACUGAGCGAUAUAUAUCCAAUGUCAGUCAGCAGACGUGUUUGCUACGCGACCUGAAACCAAAUCAUGACAUCAGAUUAAGAAAAUUCAGCUUGGGUGUGAGAUGAAGCGUCUUCUUCAUGAGUGACACCAAAAACCUCCAGAUAUUCCACUCUGUCAGUAACACUGUUUCCUGUGUGUGUUCAACACUGCAUCUUCAUAGACUCUUUUUCAGACUGUGUACAGUUGUAUAAUGGGCAUUCAGAUGAUUAUAUAUAUAUUUUUCUAUGUAUUUCUAAUAUACUCUAUCUCUCUAUACAAAUUAAAUAUGUGUAUAUUGAGUGCUUCUUGGUGAAAUUAUGUUUCUUUCUAUCAAUGUGGUGUGUCACACUGUCCAUGACCGAACAUGCACCAGUUGAAAAACUAUGUUUGAGUGAAUAUAGUGUUUCAGAAGUUGAAUAUACUUGUCGCGGGUUUGCCAGGAGGGAAGCUUUUCAAUGCCACUGUAUUAAAGAUGAGAAAAACAAUAGUGCUAAUGCUAAACAUUAGUGAUGGGUAGAUGAGGUUUCAUGACGCAGUCACCAGAUGGUACUGUCUACUGUAAAAUGUUUGGACUUCGACGACGACUUCUAUGAAAUUAUUUUUAAACCAAGAACCUCCUCUACCCAUCACUUACCAAACGUUAUUACCAUUUUACAUUGCCCACCUCUUGUGUAAGCCAAGUGAAAGUCAUCACAAUUAUAAAUCUCAUUCGUUUUGGCAGUGUUUUGGAAUCAUAUCAUCAUUCAAAGAGCAGAAGAAGUAGUUCAUAAAUACGGUAUAUGAUGAGACAAACAUGACCCUCAGUGGGCUUCUGUUACCGUGGUUACCGUCACAAAUCCCACACCGCCUCUGAGACUUGGGACUAGAGAUGGGAUAAAGAAGGUGUGUCAAAGUCGAGGCCCCGGGGCAGAGUGUGGGUGUGACAGGCUUUCAUUUCAUCUUCAUCCACCAAAUAGCAUCUCCCUCACCGGAAAUGUGUCUGCCUCAAAAUGUUUUUUUUUUUUUAAUUCAUUACAGGUUGGGAUUGAAAUGCACUCUUAAUGAACAACAAAAGCCUCCUGUGUAGUGGUUCAGAGUAGGAGUAUGCUACAGCUAGAGCUGGAGCUGAAGCGAAUUUAUGAUGUCAGUUAAAGGAUGACAAAUGUUGCAGUCUUUCACAGGCAACAUUUUUCAGUCACCAAUUCCAAGUGCAUGAUAGUAUACAAUGUGAUGUCAUAGCCAAAACAUCCAUGGUGGAGGAGAGAAAAGGAGGACAAUGAAAUUGUGCUGGUGGGUGGAAAAUUUAGGUUUUACAAAAAUUCAGAAUAGAAGCACAAAAAAAUGUGGUUCUCAUGCGGCAUAUAUAUAGACAUUAAUUCUGUCCCACAACUUGACACACCUUCUUUAAGUUGUUGCAUGACAUCGCUGUCCCUACGCGCUCACCCACAGAUUCAGUGUCUCCACAUCCAUAUUUGUGCACAUCACUCUAUCAGAUUAAUAAUCAUUUAUCUUUUUAAAAAAAAGAUCUGUUUUCUUAAUAAUAUUUAAGAAAAAACAGGUCGGGUCGAAAAGGUUUUCUCUGCUAAGUAUGUUGGAAGAAUAGUGAUAUUCUUUGGGACUAAAUCGUGGAGGGGAUGAGGAGAGGUGUGACAGCAGGUGAGCAGAGGGAUUGUUUGCUCUCUUGCUGCCAGAACAGACUGAAGUGGCAGAAGAAGCGCCACACUCAAGGAAUCCUCCCAACAUUAUUCCUGCAAACAAAGUGACAAUAGCUACUUUUCAAAAAACAAGACUGUACACAAAAUAUGGUGAACUUCCAGUGAAGGCACCUGGAGAACAUCUGUCUUCACUUUGGAUCAUGUUUCAUCUCAUUUUUAUAAACUAUUGAGUCCUAACUUUCCUAACUUUCAACUCAGUAAAUAUGUUAAAAAAUACACUAUAUAUAUAUAUAUAUAUAUAUAUAUAUAUAUAUAUAUAUAUAUAU